AUGAGAGUGAUUGAUGCAACAAAGCUCAUUCCAGAGUCCAUCCCUGUGCUAGUCGUGGGUGCUGGCCCUGUUGGCCUUUCUCUAGCCAUUGAGCUCCGGCUGCAUGGCAUCGAGGUUGUAGUCAUAGACCAAGAUCUUGAUAUCGUGGACGAACAUCCAAAGGGACGCUCAAAUGAUCUUCGCACUCUGGAGCACUACCGUCGCUGGGGUGUCAGUGAUGAAUUACGCAAGUGGGCCUGGCAGCCGCCAAAUCCCAAGCAGCAGCUGGUUAUCACAGAAUCCCUUGUACAAAGACCGCUUGGUGCCUACCCGCUUCUAUAUGGCCGGGAUGUGGAAGAGUCGAAAGAUCUCGCAGCAGAACCGUCCCUCAGUGUGCCCCAGCCUAUCACCACGCUUGUUCUGCAAAAUCGGGCCAUUGCAUUGGGGGCAUCUAUUUUCCGAGGCUGGAAAGCGAUAUCGGUCCAACAGGAUGAAAAGCGUGUCGUGGUUGAGCUCCAGUCUCCAGGUGGUGAUAUUCGUUGGGUUGCUUCUGAUUAUACGGUUGGAUGUGAUGGUCCCGGUAGCUUGAUCCGAAACGCUGCAGGGAUCAAGCAAAAAGGCAUCGAUCCGAUUGGAAAGACUUUGAGUUACGUGGUGCGAUCGGAAGGGCACAGAAUCAGUGAUAUGACCAGCUCACCCGCUCACAGCUCACUGGGAAUGCUCCUCGUGCUUAAUUCUCGAGUCUCCUCGAUAAUCAGUAUCCCCGGGGAGGAGAACUGGGGCUAUAGUAUUAUGGUUCCCAAUGGAGAUAAUCUCUCAGAAGAUGAGGCUCUGUCAAUCGGUCAAGAUAUCCUGGGAGUGAACGCAAGGCUUGAAAUUGUCAGCCGAUCGUCCUAUAGGGUCUUUACUCGCGUGAGCACGUCAUAUCAAACUCGUCGACUGUUCAUUGCGGGGGAUGCGUCUCAUUUAUGUCCUCCAACGGGGGGAUAUAAUAUGAACGUUGGUAUCAGCGAUGCAGUUAAUCUUGGCUGGAAGCUCGCUGCGGUUUUAAAUGGCUGGGGGGGUCAAAGAUUGCUUCAAACUUACGACAUUGAGCGCCGGCCUGUCGGAGAACGGGUUUCUCAAUCAGCUAUGGAUAACGCUCAUUCUUUGAGAAGGGUGGCUGAGGUUUUCAAGGAGCUACCCUCUCUAGAAACCACCUCCAGCGAAGAGGAGCGAUUUCAAAGGGGCCAGCGUGCCUAUAAAAUGAGCUACCCAGAAUGGAACAACAUUGGGGUUGCACUCGAUCAGCGCUAUGAUACAUCGCCCGUUAUCAUUAACGACGACUGGGAGUGUGCACCAUAUGAUGGAACCAAACUCUGGCCCCACGCAUCUCCAGGUCAUCGUGCACCUCAUCUUUGGUUUCCCGACAGUUCGCCUUUACUGGAUCAUUUUGGAAAGGAGUUUACACUACUGGACGUGGGAGCUGUGGAGGAGAAUGUCCAGAACAUACUUGCCGCCGCUCGUCACGUUGGAAUGCCCUUGAAGAGGUUACAGCUGUCUGCGUCACUUGCUCGAACGAAGUAUCCAGCGGAGCUUACGAUAAUUAGACCCGAUCAGUACAUUGCUUGGCAGGGAUCUCAGUGCGAUGAACCUGGAUUGAUGAUAGAUAAGAUUCGAGGCGCAUGA